AAAAAGGCACAAGAAAAAAAACAAUAAUAUGAUAUGGAGACUGACUCUGUCAAUAACCAAACAUUACUCCCCAUCUCCGACGAUGAAACGGCCAAGUUCACAACAUACUCCUCCGCAGUCCACAAAGUUGUCGUCAUGGUCAACGCCGGGAUUCUAGCAUUACUCCAGCUUGUUAGCCAACACUCAUCUGUUUUUGAAACGCAUAAAGCCUCAUUCCUCAGUUUCUGUGUCCUUGUUUUGGUCUACGCUGUUCUCCGCGUCCGUGAAGUGAUAUACAUGCGCCUACGACCAGGGUUAGUCCCUAGGCUCGCUGGACACGCGAGCCAUCUUUUUGGCGGUCUAGCUGCUCUAGUGCUCCUCUCCGUGGUUUGUACCACGUUCGCCAUGGUCCUUUUGGCUCUUUGGUUUCUCUGGCUUUGCACUGUCGUCUACAAAAAUUUCAGUGACGUCAUAAUCAUCUAUUCGGAGAAAUACAAAUCUGGUUCCGGUUUACCUCAGUCGGCACCGGUUUAAUUUUUCCUGGUUUAGAUAUGGAUGAAGGGCAGUAGCCAGUAGCCAAGGAAGAGUUAAAACAGUCCAAGGGGAUCGGAUGGUUGAAAAGAUAACUAGGACGGCUGCGGAGACUACUUUGAAGUUUGUAUAGUUUUUGUUUUUUGUUUUUUGUUUUUGGUGUAUGAAUGUUAAGUUCAGUUUGUAAAGUUGUUUUUCUUA